AUAAUAAUUUUAAUAAUAACAAAAUUAUUAUUAUAUAAACAUAAAAAAAAUAAUUAAAAAAAAUUACGAUCUAUAUAUGGAGAUGAUGUCAGGUUGUAGGCAGUUGAGUGGCAGAUGGGCGGCGGUGAUGGUGGCCGCCGCUGCAUGGGUGUUGAUGUACGGCGGAGCGGGCGUGGAAGCGGAGGUGGGCGUGAACUGGGGCGACAUCUCGUCCCAUCCGCUGCCGCCGAAAGCGGUGGUGAAGAUGCUGAAGGCCAACGGGAUUAAGAAGGUGAAGCUUUUCAACACUCCGAAGCCUGUCCUGAAUGCCUUGGCCGGUACCGGCAUUGAGGUCAUGAUCGGCACCCCCAAUGCCCUUCUCAAGGACUUGGUUAAUUAUGAAGUGGCAAAGGCAUUUGUCAAAGAAAAUGUCACUAGCUACAAUCCCACUUCUCCCGAUGGCGUUAAAAUCACGCUUGUGGGGGUGGGGAACGAACCAUUUCUCAAGUUCUACGAGAAACAGGGUUUAUUCAAGGUCACAUAUCCGGCGCUUGCGAACAUGCAGAAGGCACUGAAUGAAGCCGGGAUCGGUAAAACCGUCAAGGCAACCGUACCAUUCAACGCCGACGUGUACCUGUCUCCGCCGUACGCACCCGUGCCGUCCGCCGGGAUGUUCCGCGGCGACAUUGCCGACCAAGUGAAGAAAAUCGUGGAAGUACUGGACAAGAACGGCGCCCCCUUCAUGAUCAACGUCUACCCUUUCCUCAGCCUUUUCUAUUCCAAGGACCAGUUCCCCGUGGACUUCGCCUUCUUCGACGGCGUCGACAAGCCUCUCGACGAUAACGGCAAAACCUACACCAACGUCUUCGACGCCAACUACGACACGGCGGUGGCGGCGCUGUCGCGGGAGAAACACGGCAAGGUGAAGGUGGUGGUGGGGGAGAUUGGGUGGCCCACCGACGGCGACAACUUCGCCAACGCCUCCAUGGCCGCCAGAUUCUACAAUGGUUUUAUCAAACACCUGGCGGGCAAGAAAGGCACCCCCGUCCGCCCCGGCGCCGACAUUGAUGUCUACAUGUUCGGAUUGUACGAUGAGGAUCAGAAGAGCACUCUUCCCGGAAACUUCGAGCCUCACUGGGGAAUCCUCGGCUACGACGGUCAAACCAAGUUUAACUUGGAUCUUUCCGGCAAGGGCGGAAAGGGGAAGAUUAUGACGGGCGUGGAGGGGAUAGAAUACCUCCCGAAGAAAUGGUGCGCCUUGAAAGCGAACGCGAAACUGACGAAUCUGAAGGCUAACACCGACUACGCCUGCGGCCGGGCAGAUUGCACGCCGAUGAGCGAUGGAUCGUCGUGCAACGGCCUCUCUGACACCGAGAAGGUGUCGUACACUUUCAAUGCCUACUUCCAGGCGCAAGACCAAGCGAAAGAUAGCUGCGACUUCCAGGGUUUGGGGGAGGUGACGACUAAGAACUUGUCUACCCCUUCCUGUAGGUUCAACAUCGGGAUUAAAUUGGGAGCAGAGUCGCCGGGAUCUGCCGGUGAUGAUGAUUCUCCGUCGUCGUCGUCGUCCGGCAAAGGUUCUCAUUCCGCUAAAUCGUCCUCGUCUUCUUCGGGGGCCUGCAGCUUGCUGUUGUGUAGGGGAAUUUUGUUGUUACUCCAAUUCUUAUUCUUGAUUAGAAUUGGUUAAUAUUUUUUAGAUUUUUUUUGGGGGGAUGGAAUAAGCUUUUUAUUCUUACUGUGCAAACCUG